UUUGACAUCACAUGGGGAAAUGAUCGUGCUAAGAUACUUGACAAUGGCCAACGUUUGCAGCUUACUCUCGAUCAGUCCUCAGGUUCAGGGUUCCAAUCCAAGAAUGAAUAUCUCUUUGGCAAUAUUGAUAUGCAAAUCAAGCUGGUUCCUGGUAACUCGGCUGGUACUGUUACUGCAUACUAUCUCUCUUCACAAGGGAAUACACACGACGAAAUAGACUUUGAGUUUCUGGGAAAUCUGUCUGGAGAUCCCUACAUUAUGCACACUAAUAUUUUCUCUCAAGGCGAAGGCAACCGCGAGCAACAAUUCUACCUCUGGUUCGACCCCACUGCAGACUUUCACAGUUACUCUCUGCUCUGGAAUCCCCAACAAAUUAUGUUUUCUGUGGAUGGAACUCCGGUGAGAGUGUUCAAGAACAGUGAGGAUCUGGGCGUUGCAUAUCCGAAGAAUCAGACGAUUGGGCAACAGAGGCGGUGCAAGGCAUUAGAGUCAAGUGAGCAGCAGAAACUUGAAUGGGUGCACAAAAAUUAUAUGAUUUACGAUUACAGUCGCCAGGCGUCCAACUGA